AUUUUCACUCCACUGCUGCACAAGCUUUUCCGUGCUUCCUCGCCGCCUCCGGCCUCCGCUCCGGCGCUAUAAAUCGCCGCCGAUUUCGAAGCUGUGGAAAUGGGAGUCGCCUCCACGGCCACCGACAUCCGCCGCAAUGCUGUGUCUCACCUCCUCUUCCUCCUCCGCGCCCGCUCCGCUCCUUCCCUCUCUCGCUGAUCGACCGAGCCCGGGAAUCGCGGGCGGGGGUGGCAAUGUUCGCCUGAGCGUGGUUUCUUCGCCGCGCCGGUCGUGGCCUGGAAAGGAGGAUUUAAGCUCUUUCUGAAGUUUCUCAGAUAGAUUAGAUUGGAAAAGGUCAAGACCAAUUUCUCAGUUCCUGCGACUGCGCGAAAAAACAAAACCAUGGUGACUGUUGUGGAGGAGGUCGACCACCUUCCUAUAUAUGAUCUGGACCCUAAGUUGGAGGAAUUCAAGGAUCACUUCAACUAUAGGAUAAAAAGAUACCUCGACCAGAAAUGCCUGAUUGAAAAACAUGAGGGGGGCCUUGAAGAAUUUUCUAAAGGCUAUUUGAAGUUUGGGAUUAAUACAGUUGAUGGUGCCACAAUAUAUCGUGAAUGGGCGCCUGCUGCACAAGAAGCACAGCUCAUUGGUGAGUUCAAUAACUGGAAUGGUGCAAAACACAAGAUGGAGAAGGAUAAAUUUGGCAUUUGGUCAAUCAAGAUUUCACAUGUCAAUGGGAAGCCUGCCAUCCCUCACAAUUCCAAGGUUAAAUUUCGCUUUAGGCAUGGGGGUGGAGCAUGGGUUGAUCGUAUUCCCGCAUGGAUUCGUUAUGCAACUUUUGAUGCCUCUAAAUUUGGAGCUCCAUAUGAUGGUGUACACUGGGAUCCUCCAGCCUGUGAAAGGUACGUGUUUAAGCAUCCUCGACCUCCAAAACCUGAUGCUCCACGCAUCUAUGAGGCUCAUGUGGGGAUGAGUGGUGAAGAGCCAGAAGUAAGCACAUACAGAGAAUUUGCAGACAAUGUGUUACCACGCAUACGGGCAAAUAACUACAACACAGUUCAGUUAAUGGCAAUCAUGGAACAUUCCUACUAUGCUUCUUUUGGGUAUCACGUGACAAAUUUUUUCGCAGUCAGCAGCAGAUCAGGAACACCAGAGGAUCUGAAAUAUCUUGUUGACAAGGCACAUAGUUUAGGAUUACGAGUUCUGAUGGAUGUUGUCCAUAGCCAUGCGAGUAAUAAUGUGACCGAUGGUCUAAAUGGCUAUGACGUUGGACAAAACACUCAUGAGUCUUAUUUUCAUACAGGAGAUAGGGGCUACCAUAAACUCUGGGAUAGUCGUCUGUUCAACUAUGCCAAUUGGGAGGUCUUAAGAUUUCUUCUUUCUAAUUUGAGAUAUUGGAUGGACGAAUUCAUGUUUGAUGGCUUCCGAUUUGAUGGGGUUACAUCAAUGCUAUACCAUCACCAUGGUAUCAAUAAGGGAUUUACUGGAAACUACAAGGAGUAUUUCAGUUUGGAUACCGAUGUGGAUGCAAUUGUUUACAUGAUGCUCGCAAACCAUUUAAUGCAUAAACUCUUGCCGGAAGCAACUAUUGUUGCUGAAGAUGUUUCGGGCAUGCCAGUGCUUUGUCGGCCAGUUGAUGAAGGUGGAGUAGGGUUUGACUUCCGCCUGGCAAUGGCCAUUCCUGAUAGAUGGAUUGACUACCUGAAGAACAAAGAGGACCGCAAAUGGUCAAUGAGUGAAAUAGUGCAAACUUUGACUAACAGGAGAUAUACAGAAAAAUGCAUUGCCUAUGCCGAGAGCCAUGAUCAGUCCAUUGUUGGUGACAAGACUAUAGCAUUUCUCUUGAUGGACAAGGAAAUGUACACUGGCAUGUCAGACUUGCAGCCUGCUUCACCUACCAUCAACCGUGGCAUUGCACUCCAAAAGAUGAUUCACUUCAUUACGAUGGCCCUUGGAGGUGAUGGCUACUUAAAUUUUAUGGGCAAUGAGUUUGGCCAUCCAGAAUGGAUUGACUUUCCAAGAGAAGGCAACAACUGGAGCUAUGAUAAAUGCAGACGUCAGUGGAGCCUUGUCGACACUGAUCACCUUCGAUACAAGUAUAUGAAUGCAUUUGAUCAAGCAAUGAAUGCACUCGAGGAGGAAUUUUCCUUCCUGUCAUCAUCAAAGCAGAUUGUUAGCGACAUGAACGAGAAAGAUAAGGUUAUUGUCUUUGAACGUGGAGAUUUGGUUUUUGUUUUCAAUUUUCAUCCCAACAAAACUUACAAGGGUUACAAAGUCGGAUGUGACUUGCCCGGGAAGUACAGAGUAGCUCUGGACUCUGAUGCUUUGGUCUUUGGUGGCCAUGGAAGAGUUGGCCAUGAUGUGGAUCACUUCACGUCUCCCGAGGGAAUGCCAGGAGUACCAGAAACAAAUUUCAACAACCGCCCUAACUCAUUCAAAGUCCUUUCCCCGCCCCGUACCUGUGUGGCUUACUAUCGCGUUGAUGAAGAUCGUGAAGAGCUCAGGAGGGGUGGAGCAGUUGCUUCUGGAAAGAUUGUUACAGAGUAUAUCGAUGUUGAAGCAACAAGUGGGGAGACUAUCUCUGGUGGCUGGAAGGGCUCCGAGAAGGACGAUUGUGGCAAGAAAGGGAUGAAGUUUGUGUUUCGGUCUUCUGACGAAGACUGCAAAUGAAGCAUCAGAUUUCUUGAUCAGGAGCAACUGUUGGUGCCCUUGUAAUCUGGAGAUCCUGGCUUGCCUUGGACUUGGUUGUGGUUCUUUAGCAGUUGCUAUGUACCUAUCUAUGAUAUGAACUUUAUGUAUAGUUCGCCUUAAAGAAAGAAUAAGCAGUGAUGAUGUGGCCUUAAACCUGAGCUGCACAAGCCUAAUGUAAAAAUAAAGUUUCAGGCUUUCAUCCAGAAUAAAACAGCUGUUCAUUUACCAUCUC